GAAAGUCUUUAGAUUAUCGGGUAACUACUUGGUUACUAGUAACUAAAUUAACAAAUAGACUUUUAAUUGUGAUUAUUUUCUAAUUUACAUUCUAAAUUAUUACUAUGUCCGAAUAUUGGAAAGCUAUUCCAAAGAAAUUUUGUGAAGUCUGUAAAUGUUGGUUUACUGAUAAAGGUACUGGCGAAUUUCACGAGAAAGGUCUUCGCCAUCAAAAUGCUGUUAAGAAAAGAUUAACGGAGCUUUCUAAACGUAAUCAAGUUCAAAAACAUGAAGCUGAUAAAUUGAAUGGCGAGAGGAUGAAAAUAGAUUCUGCAACCAUGAGUGCAUUUAGUAAAGAUAAAGCAGCUGAUCCAAAUAAAGUACAAGGAUUAACAUACACUAAAUCCAUUUCCAAUACAAAUAAAUCUCAACGAGAUAAACCAAGUACAUCUUUAGGAAGCAAUAGAUUUGGGGUGAUGUCCAGUUUAACACAGCCAGAGGAAAGUAAAACAUUGAUAUCGGUCAGAGAAAAAUGUUCUAACACGAUGACAAGUAAAACAGCUAAACAAAAACCUCAACAUUUGGACAAUAAUCCGUUAAAUGAGGCCGGCGAAAAGAGUGACAAUGAAACCGGUGAUUCUGAGUUGGAACCUUUUAAUGAUCUCAAAAGAAAAAUGAUCCAAACUUAUCUAGAAUUAAAGGAAGAGGAGAAUGAAGAUGAAGAAACCAAUACAAAUGGAUCUCCUUUGGAAAGGCGAUUGAUUGAAAGACUAGUGACCAAAUUCAGUUUAAAUUAUUUAAUUUUAAAUCUAUACCCAAACAAUGAGGGUUAUUCCAUUGGAAUGAAAAAUUGUUUCAACAACAGUGAGAAAAAUAAUCUUUAUAAUAAUAUUAACAGUUCAAAUGGUAUUAGUCCUAAAAGCGGUGAUAAUAACAAAAAGACAACAAAUAAUAACAUAUUCAACAACAAUAAGAAGGACGUUAAUCAUUCUGCCCAUGAUAAGAAUUCUGCUGAUCAUAAUCGUACCAAAUGUAAAGAACCGAUAGAAAGUGAAAAAAAUGUUGACCCGACCUCUGAACCCGAAUUCAUAGAGACCAUAAGAUUACCUUACGAAGAGGAAGAUUUGUUGGACUUUAUUGACAAUGGUGAACUUCCUCCAAUGUUGGUUGAUAUCUUUGAUGAUUUCAAUGAGAAUAAUGAUCAUCAGCUGUUUUAUUGCGGCUCCAUUUUCAUGGAGGUUCGAGACUAUCGGAAAACUACUUCAUCAUCAACUGCAAAUGACCAAAAUAAAAAUUACGAAUCUUGUUUUGUUCGCCUUAGGCCAACCAAUCAAACGCUACUUAAUGAUAUCGCUCGACUUACCUCAUCUCUAUCUCAUCUAAAAAAAUGGACUCAAGAAGAAAAGACAACAUUGGAAGCUAAAAUAAUCCUCGAAACGGCUGAACCUCUUUGCCUUGACCCUAAUCCCGUUGUCGCAAUAGUUUCAAAUAAAUUGGAUUAUGAGAAAAGAUGGUUUAAAGCAUCAAAGAAAAUAGAAAGAUCUACCAAAAAGAACUCACAAGUAUAUCGAAAUAAGAUUAAAAAGUUCGAAAGCCUACCUGCUCCUAGAGGAUUAGAACUGUUCGAUUUUCUUCAAAAUCGGAAAGACCGAACUCCAAUUACUACCAGAUUGAAUAAAAAGAUAAAUAAUGUAAAUGUGAUGAAUAAUAAUUGUACAAUCGAACCAAUUGACCCCAAACUGGUUGAGAUUGAAAAGUUUGCCAAAAAACUCGAACCCGUUAACCUGAAAUGUGAUAAUUCAUUAAUUAGAUCUGAUGAAUAUAUUAUGGAGUUUCUCAGUAAUGAAGGUCGUUCCUCAGUCACAUGUGUAGUAAUUUAUCAUCGGCCCAUAGAUGAUUGUUAUUUUGGAAAAUUGUUCCUCGAUAAGAGAAAAGACAACAGCAAUAGAACCGGAAAUUCAUCUACCUUCCAUUUAGGCCAUAAAGAUAUGGUCGAUAAAUAUAUUGACCAAUUCAAAGAGAUAUUAACUGAAAACGGUAGGAAACCUGUUAAAAUUACUCAUAAAUCAACCAAUCAACCUCCCAAAGUGACUUAUACAAACUCUGCCAUUCAAAUUAACGGUCCAACUUUAAACGACACUGAAGAUUCAGAGGGAAGGGAAAAUGUCUCCAAAAAACCAAAGAUUAUCCAAACCAAUCAAAAAAAUGCUGUAUCUGUGUUACGAAAUCAACCUCGUAAAUUGUCCUCAUCUUUACUUUCAAGUAAUUUAUCAACCGCAACUACCACCACGCCAACAUCAACACCUUCAACCUUAACACCAUCAACUUCAUCUUCAUUGACACCAUCACCCAACCAAAUAACAAAUUCAAUACCAUCAACAAGCACUUGCUCAUCUUUAACAAUUCCAAUCAACGAAUUUACUUCUCCUAACCAAUCUGCAAUCCAGGUUGAUUCUAAUUGUAUUUCCAACCACAGGAACUUGGAUCAAGUAUUAAUUAACAAGCAACUUAAGACAAUUAAACCAUCAGCCUCAUUUAUACCAAUCGAAUCAACAACUAAUCUGCUUCAGUCCAAGACUAUCAUUCGCAAUGCUGCGAUUGCCGAGCGCCAAACAAUUCCGACUCUUUUUCUUACUAGUGUACCUCAAGUCUAUGGAUCGACCAAUUUACCGAAUGAUGGUAAAUCUCAAUCAGAGACUCUUGUUGUUGCUCCAUCUCUACCUCUCGGAACUUAUACCAUAACUGGUACUAAUCCUGGUACCAAUACUAAUCUUCCUCAAGGAAUUAAUCUCGCAAGUCUCAAUCUGGCUCAAUGUUCAAAUUUGCGGCUUCAUAAUUUGGUUUCAUUUCCAAACAUUCAAGGAGUCUCUCAACAACAGAUCGCAGUUCCAAUCUCAUUAACAAUGAUGCAAGGAAGUGGCUCUAGUCAAGCCCAAACGGCGAUGACUGCAGCAGUUACAAAUAAUAAUAUUGUUAAUCUGCAACAGCAUCAAAAAAUCAAUCAACAGAUAAAUCACCAAAUGAACCAUCAAAUUAAUAAUCAACCACAACAACUUCAUACAAUCCACCCUCAAGUUCAACAUUCUCAACAACAACUUCAACCACAUCCACAGACUCAAGCAUAUAUUCAUCCUCAACAAACACUUUCUCAUCUGCAUCAACAACAACAACAACAACAACAACUUCUACCCCAACCACCACAAUCCCAACCACAACUACAGCAACAACUUCAUCCUCAUCAACGAGCCUUUCUCAUUGACUAUGAUUCAAGAAAGCAGGUCUAGUCAAGCCUAAACUGCUACACAUGGCUAAAUGAGCUUGUUAGACAAUUAACUGAUAUCAGUUUAAAUAGUAGCCAUAAGAUUUAAUUCCUUUAAUUGUUUUCAUGUAAAUUACUUCGCCAUGCAAAGUGUGCUUCAUAUUUGAACAUCUCCAUUUUCACCAUCACCUCAACCUAAAGGUCAACUCAAAAAAUAACUUUAGGUUGAUGAUUAGUUGAACUGUGAAAAAAAUCAUUGCCUUAUUUGAAUAUAAAAAAACAAAACAAAAUCUAAUCAAUCAAAUUCUCAAUUUUCUGCUGUUAUAAACAAAUUAAAUGGUUCAUUAACUAAUGGACACUAAUUAUAACUCAUCAAGUGGAGUUUCCGUUUCAUUCAUUGUUUGUACAUGGUGAUGAAAAUACUAAGCAAAAACCUCAAAGAUCUUUAUGAUUUUUUAUAUUAUGUAAUUUCUAUUCGAUUAAUUAAUUGAUCAGUGUUCUUACAAUUUAAAAGCAACUGUCAGUGUGAUUUAUUUAUAUCUAAUAAAUUAAGAAGAAAAUUUUUUCAACAUUCAA